CGCGCCCCCCGCCCCCCUCCCCGCAGGGCUCGGGCCGCCUCCCGCCCCGCCUCACCCCCUCCCUCAGGGGGGCGCGGGAGAGACCCCCCGUGGGGCGGCCGCGCUCGGGGGCCGCGGGGCCCAACAUGGCGGAGGCCAAGAAGGAGGGACCCGGCGCCUGCGGCAGGUUCGAAGACAAAUCUGAUGCAGUUUUUGACCUUACAGAGAAAUGUGGUGAUAUUUUGGAUGCAGAGAUGUCUGAGGACACGGAUCACAACCUAGCACCUGCCCUUGAUGGCAUAUCCUAUGGAAUGCAGAAUCGAGCAGGAUCGGCAAACUCGCUGCUGGAUGAGGAUGAUUAUUUUCUGAACUCUGGGGAUCUUGCCGGGAUUCCAGUUGUUGGGAGUGACAAUGAGGACGAUCCGAAUUUCUCUCCAAAGGACAGUCUCCCUUCUGUGAUUCACGCUGAAGAUAGCUUGGGAGAGGGGAAAAGAGUUACAGAACAUGAGUUGGACAGUGAAAAAGAACUUCAAAUACAAAAUGCAAUCCAAAAGGACCUCACUUCACCAUUUGACCAAGGCCCUAUUUUUAAGUCAAUUCGGAAAGAUUUUAGCAUAACAAGAGAUAAUGGCAAGGAGACUUUUUCAACAAAGGAGAAAAACAGAGAAGGACCUUUUCAAGAACGUGAAAAACGUUUGGAAAAAAUCCCUAAGGAGAUAGAUUCCAGAUUGAAAAGCAGUUUCCAUGAUAAAACAGUUACUAAUCAAGUAGAAGAAACAAUUCGGACACAGUUAGCACCACAAGCUCCAGAAUCGAAUUUCAGGGAGUCUAGCUACCUAUUUUCUAGUAAGGAACCCAUUGGACAAGAACUGGGGAAUUCCUUUACACCAAGCAUUAGAAUUAAAGAAGAGCCUUUGGAUGAUGAAUACGAUAAAGCUAUGGCACCACCGCAGGGACUAUUAGACAAAAUUAAAGAUGAACCAGAUAACUCUGAGGAAUAUGGCCAGCAGCCAAAAACUCAGGAAGGGGAGCUGAAAAUCAGCGCUGUAUUUUCAGUCAGUGGCAGCCCUCUUGCUCCACAGCUGACAUCAGGUUUCCAGCCUGCUGUGUCAUCCUCUGGUGUAAAUAAAAUGCUUCCUUCAGUUCCAACCACGGCCAUCCGGGUUUCCUGUUCUGGCUGUAAAAAAAUCCUCCAGAAGGGGCAAACGGCAUACCAGAGGAAAGGCUCGACUCAGCUCUUCUGCUCCACACUGUGCCUCACUGGAUACACUGUUCCAGCUUCUCGCCCACCAGCUUCUACCAAGAAAACCUGCUCAAGUUGCUCAAAAGACAUUUUAAAUCCAAAGGAUGUAAUCACUGCCCAGUUCGACAAUACAAACUCCAGUAAGGAUUUCUGCAGCCAGUCGUGUCUCUCUACAUAUGAACUGAAAAGAAAACCUGUUGUUACUAUUCACACUAACAGCAUUUCAACCAAGUGCAGCAUGUGCCAGAAGAAUGCAGUGAUUAGACAUGAAGUGAAUUACCAGAAUGUUGUACACAAGCUCUGCAGCGACGCCUGCUUCUCGAAGUUCCGUUCUGCUAAUAAUUUGACUAUGAACUGCUGCGAGAACUGUGGGGGCUACUGUUACAGUGGCUCUGGCCAGUGCCACAUGCUUCAAAUAGAAGGCCAGUCAAAAAAGUUCUGUAGUUCAACAUGUGUCACGGCAUACAAACAGAAGUCAGCAAAAAUUACUCCCUGUGCACUGUGCAAGUCCUUGAGAUCUUCAGCUGAGAUGAUAGAGAGCACAAAUAACUUAGGAAAAACUGAGCUGUUUUGUUCAGUUAACUGCUUAUCAGCAUACAGAGUUAAAAUGGUUACUUCUGCAGGUGUCCAAGUUCAGUGUAACAGCUGCAAAACUUCAGCAAUCCCUCAGUAUCACUUGGCUAUGUCAGAUGGGAGCAUACGCAAUUUUUGCAGCUACAGCUGCGUAGUAGCUUUUCAGAAUUUGUUCAACAAGCCUGCAGGAAUGAAUUCCUCUGUGGUGCCCUUGUCUCAGGGUCAAAUCAUUGUAAGCAUUCCUUCGGGGGCAACGGUAUCGGCAGGUGGCACUACCUCGACUGUCUCCCCCAGCUCCAUGAGCAGCUCAGCUGCAGCUGGUCUACAGAGGCUCGCUGCUCAGUCCCAGCAAGUUACUUUUGCCCGCACUGUUGUGAAACUCAAGUGUCAGCACUGUAACCGACUGUUUGCAACCAAACCUGAAUUGCUUGACUACAAGGGUAAAAUGUUUCAGUUUUGUGGGAAGACCUGCUGCGAUGAGUAUAAGAAGAGAACCAGUGUAAUGGCAAUGUGUGAAUACUGCAAAAUUGAGAAAAUUGUCAAAGAGACAGUGCGAUUCUCAGGCAUAGACAAGGCAUUCUGUAGUGAAGGUUGUAAACUGCUUUAUAAACAUGACUUGGCUAAACGCUGGGGAAACCACUGUAAAAUGUGCAGUUACUGUUUACAGGCUUCCCCCAAACUGGUCCAGAAUCACUUUGGUGGGAAGAUGGAGGAGUUUUGCUCAGAAGAAUGCAUGUCUAAAUUUACGGUUUUGUUUUAUCAGAUGGCCAAGUGUGAUGGUUGUAAGAGGCAAGGUAAACUCAGCGAGUCCAUGAAAUGGCAAGGGGAGAUCAAACAUUUUUGCAAUCUGCUUUGUAUUCUGAUGUUCUGUAAUCAGCAAACUGUGUCUGAACCCCCUCCCCAGAACAACACAGGUAAAAUAGGAUCAAACCUUUCCACGCCACCAACAGCUGCAGCAGCCCCUCCUUCAGUAAGAAAGGAUUCGACUCCUGUUAUAGCAAACGUGGUGUCCCUUGCAAGUACCCCUGCUGCUCAGCCCACGGUUAACUCUAACAAUGUAUUACAAGGUGCAGUCCCUACUGUAACAGCAAAGAUCAUUGGAGAUGCUAGUACACAAACAGAUGCCCUGAAACUGCCACCAUCACAACCUCCCAGGCUUUUAAAAAACAAAGCAUUGUUGUGUAAGCCUAUCACACAGACCAAGGCCACCUCUUGCAAACCUCAUACACAAAACAAGGAAUGCCAGACAGAGGAAGAGGAAGUUCAACCCAAAAUUGUUGUGGUGCCUGUUCCUGUACCUGUGUUUGUGCCGGUUCCCGUUCAUCUCUUCACCCAGUAUACACCUUUUCCACUUGGGGUGCCGGUACCUGUACCAGUUCCCAUGCUUAUCCCAACUACUCUUGAUAAUGCUGACAAGAUCAUUGAGACCAUUCAGGACAUCAAGGAGAAGAUUCCCACCAAUCCAUUUGAGGCUGAUCUCCUUCAGAUGGCAGAAAUGAUUGCAGAAGAUGAAGAAAAGGAAAAAUCUCACUCUCAUGGAGGAUCUCAAACAUCUGAGCAUGAGCUGUUCCUGGACCCCAAGUUAUUUGAGAAAGACCAAGGCAGCACUUACAGUGGGGAUCUAGAGUCAGAAGCAGUCUCAACUCCACACAGCUGGGAGGAUGAGUUGAAUCACUAUGCCUUACGAUCGAAUGCCAUGCAGGAUCCAGACCCUGAGCUUAGGCAGUUCUCCAAAGGGGAUAUGGAACAGGACCUGGAGGCAGACUUCCCAUCAGACUCAUUUGACCCUCUCAGUAAAGGACUGGGUCUCCACUCACGUUCGCGAGCAAGGCGGAGGCAUAGAGAUGGCUUUCCGCAGCCAAAAAGACGGGGAAGGAAGAAGUCUAUAGUUUCUGUGGAGCCCCGAAAUCUUAUGCAGGGCUCGUAUCCAGGCUGCUCUGUUUCUGGGAUGACCCUGAAGUACAUGUAUGGGGUAAAUGCCUGGAAAAAUUGGGUCCAAUGGAAAAAUUCACAGGAGGAACAAGGGGACCUGAAAUUUGCAGGAGUCGAACAUGCUGCACCCAACUUAUGUCCAAGGCUACUAGGAAAUACUCAAGAUCUUUCUUUCACUCAAGAUUCCCCUGAGUCCAUCUAUAGAGUUCGGCCCGUAAAACUCAAAGAGGAUAUUCUCUCGUGCACAUUUGCCGAGCUGAGUUUUGGCUUGUGCCAGUUUAUUCAGGAGGUGCGGAGACCAAAUGGCGAAAAAUAUGAUCCCGACAGCAUCUUAUAUUUGUGCCUUGGAAUUCAGCAGUACCUGUUUGAGAAUGGUAGAAUAGAUAACAUUUUUACCGAGCCCUAUUCCAGGUUUAUGAUUGAACUUACAAAGCUUUUGAAAAUCUGGGAACCUACAAUACUUCCAAAUGGUUACAUGUUCUCAAGAAUUGAAGAGGAACAUUUAUGGGAAUGUAAACAGCUGGGUGCAUAUUCCCCUAUAGUCUUAUUGAAUACACUUCUUUUCUUCAACACCAAAUACUUCCAACUAAAGAAUGUCAAUGAGCACCUAAAGUUGUCUUUUGCUCAUGUUAUGAGACGUACCCGGACUCUGAAAUACAACACCAAGAUGACCUAUUUACGGUUUUUCCCACCUUUUCAAAAACAAGAGAUAGAAUCAGAUAAAUUAUCUGUAGGCAAAAGGAAACGCAGUGAGGAUGAGGAGGUUCCAACACCAGUGGAAAUGGCUGAAAAUACAGAUAAUCCCCUGAGAUGUCCAGUCCGACUUUAUGAGUUUUACUUGUCAAAAUGUUCUGAAAGCGUGAAGCAGAGAAGCGAUGUAUUUUACCUUCAACCUGAGCGUUCUUGUGUACCUAAUAGCCCUAUGUGGUACUCCACGUUGCCAAUAGACCCUGGGACCUUGGACAUCAUGUUAACACGUAUUCUUAUGGUGAGGGAGGUACAUGAAGAACUUGCCAAAGUCAAAUCAGAGGACUCUGAUAUUGAGUUGUCGGACUAAGUGAAGUGGGGUAUUUUCCUUUCAAUACACACUGCAAGCACCAAACUGUGAACGCAUCCAGCCUUUGGAAAAUGUUGUGUAUCAAGUAAGCCAAGUCAAUAUCACUAAAGAGGCAUAUUUUGAACCACAAUGGGUGUGCAAACUGGAAUCGGAAGGAAGAAAAUUACGUAAGCUGCAAGAAAGGACAGCAUCUUAUGGCAGUGAUAAAUCAUCUAAACAAACUUAAGAUAAACUAACCUGUUCAAGCGGUGCAUAAAUUCUUUAUUUGUUUGGGAUCUAAAACAAAAAAUUGUGAAAUAUUUUUAAGGAAAACUGUUGUGUAACUUCUACCAUAGUAAGAAUGAGCACAGAGAGCUAGACUGUGGCACACGUGACUUCCCAGCCUGAUGGCAGGCCAUCCGUUACUGCGGGAAAAAACCCUCUGGAGACCCGUGAGCUUUCUUCCCACAUGGACGAGAGACAAAGUACAGUGAUGUUCUGACAAACAGAUGCCUUCUGUUACACACACGCACGCAUACCUACACAUGCACACACACUUUUUUAAAUAAACUUUUUUUUAAAGGCCAGAAACCAAUGGUACUAUCCUACAGGACAGCUACCUAGACUGCUGUUGAAAAGUUACAUAAUGCUGGAGUCUAGCUCUCAGUCCAUACUAAUAACUAUGGCUCUGAUGGAGCUCUGAUAUGAGUGAAGUGCUGUAAAUCAAGCAUCAGAGCAAUCAUGUUAUGGGACAGAAAUUUCUGGAGUAUUUAUAGGAGAGCAAGAGUCCAGGGCAAUGUGCAGAAAAUCCCAUGAAUAGCCCACUUGCUUCUACAGUCUUGAUAAAAUUAGCAAACGCUAUGGUGCGCAGACAUUUUUUUUCCUUAAGGCAGCUUUCCUUUUCCCUCCUUUCCCAACUCCUACGUAAUCCCCCCCUACCCCACACACUUUUUUUUUUUUAAUGAGGCAAGUCUGGAGAGCCUUGUCAUUUCAAGUGAAGAUACACUCGGUCUUUCUCUUUCCCCCUUACAAAGCCUACAGUGUUGUACAAAGGAUGCAGUAUUACUUUUGACAACAGAACUAUGGUAGAAGAGUACCUUGUGCAUUUUUUUUAAUCCCACCCUGCCCAAAGAAGUUUAGUCAUAGUGUUGGAAACUGAAAGAAUUUUUUUGAUGGCUUGGCUGUUACUGCAUCUCUUAGAUGUGGAAUUCUUCCGUAUUGCAUCUAAAGGACAGGACACUAAUCAGAUGAUAACUGCGUCUCCAUUUAUUCAAGUUUGAGAUGCUUGUUUCUGAAGACCAGGUCAUGAAUGCAUUGGAAACCCAAAUUAUUUUUAAAGAGAAUUGUAAGGUUUUUAUCUGUAGUUUUGGUCAGUAGCCCAACUUCUGUAGCAGGGAUCUGAUAUUUGACCUUGUCACUGAAAAUUCAGGAAUUGAAAAUCAACAGCCUUGAAAGAAAUCUCUUUUUUGUUUGUUUGAGGUUUUUUAAUUUUUUUUUUUAGCAGUAACAAAAAGUAAUUUAACAAAAAUAAAAUCAAAGUAGUCUAUUGACGUUGUGUACUCAGUAGUCCUGUCCCUGCUUGUAACAAAUUUCACUGAUGUAUUUUUUAAUACAGAAAACUGUGUGAAAAGUAAACCUGCCCCUGAUUCUGUAUGAUCCAAGUCCAUCUGUGUCUGUCAUUUCUGAUCGGAGAUGCUGUUUACUUCACAUCCUGGCCUGUCAUUGUUGAGAGGAAAUACUUAAGCCAACAUAUAUUAUCCUACCAAUAAACUACCCAGACCCAUGGAGGCUUAAUGAUUUCAACUAUGUUAAUUUUAUAGUGUAUAAACACUAACCUUUCCCUCGCUGUAGUUAUAUUAAAGUAGUAGUUAAAUAGCAGGUGCACUAUUCUGAGUUUGGACAUUUGGUAUAAUUCAGAAAAAAAUCAAGUCUAUUGUACGAUGCAGUGUGCACAUGCGUGCACACACACAUGCAAGCAGGCAAGCACAGGAGAUGUCUUGCUUGCUUGCAAGUAUGCCCAGAAGUUCAAUAUGAAUACAGACCAGGAAAUGUCCAUGCAUUAUUGUAAUUCUUGGACAUUCACCACACAAGUGCAGCUAUUCAGGUCUGUUUCAGGUUGUUUUCCCCGUGUUUGAUUUUUCAGGUAAUAAGAAAGGAAAACGGUCAAGACCAACCUUGUUUGUUUGUGGGGUUUUUUUUUCCUUUAAACAACAACAAAAACAAAAAUCUGAGUUUUCCCUUGAUCAAAGUUAUAGAAAUAUUCCCAUAGAAUAAAAUAAUCUAUUUGUAUAUGA